AUGGCGGCCCAGCCCAUCCGCAAGGCGCACUUCGACCGCAUCACCCGCGCCCUCGCCUCCGACCACCCGCCACCGUCCCCCGCCGCGCUGCACGCGCACCUCCUCCGCUCGCACGCCGCGGCCACCGCGCCGAACCUCGUCCGCUCGCUCGUCAACGGCGCCAUCAGCCGCCUCUCCAAGCCGCGCCCGCGCGCCGCGCUCGCCUUGCUCCUCCUCAUGCCGCGCCUGCCCGUCCUCCCCGACCACUUCACGCUACCCUUCGCGCUCAACGCCGCCGCGUCGCUCCGCCUCCUCCCGCUCGGCGCCUCCCUGCACGCCGUCGCGUUCCGCCUUGGGCUUCUACCGCUCCGCCUCCCCGUCGCAAACGCGCUUGUCGACCUCUACGCCAAGUGCGAGGAGUUCUCCGCCGCGCACGCCGCGCUGGCCGACAUCCCCGCCCCCGACGCGGUCUCCUUCAAUUCCCUCCUGUGCGCGCACGCUCGGAACGCCUCCGUGCGUCCCGCCGAGUCCCUCUUCGCCGCCAUGCGCAGCAGGACCCAGGUCUCCUGGAACGCCAUGGUGGUCCUCUACGUCAGCGCUGGUGACCUCGUGUCCGCUCGUCGCGUGUUUGACGAAAUGCCGACGAGGGACACGGCCUCGUGGUCGGUGCUCAUUGCUGGGUAUUGCAAGGGUGGGCUGGUGCAGAACGCGCGCGAGCUGUUUGACAAAAUGCCGUCAAAGAAUCUCGUGGCCCGGACAGCGAUGAUUAAUGGUUAUGCACAGACUGGGCAGCCAAAGGCGGCACUUGCUCUCUUUAGGGAUCUGGAAGCGGCUGGGAUUGAGCCUGAUGGAGCCACAAUGGUUGGGGUUAUCUCUGCAGUUUCACAGAUAGGCAGCACAGAGUUGGCUGGGUGGGUUGGAGCUUAUGUUGACAGGAAGAAGAUCGAAAGGAAUGUGAAGGUUCUUACAGCACUGGUAGAUAUGCAUGCAAAGUGUGGCAACAUUGAGCAGGCCCUGAGUGCUUUCAGGGAGAUCCCACAGCCUGAUGCCUAUCCGUACACAGCACUGAUUAGCGGCCUGGCAACUCAUGGGCAUGAAAAGCUGGCACUUUCAGUGUUCGAAAGGAUGCAGGUCCAAGCCGUCAAGCCUGACCCUAUCACUUUCGUUGGUGUGCUUACUGCUUGCAGCCAUACAGGGCUUGUUGAUAAGGGACUGGAGUAUUGGGAGGCAAUGGUGCGGGAUUAUGGAAUUGUGCGGCGUGCGGAUCACUAUGCCUGUGUCAUUGACAUGCUUGGCCGUGCAGGGAGGAUUGAGGAGGCUUUCGAGAUGGUUCAAACGAUGCCAAUGGGGCCGCAUCCGGGGGCCCUUGGUGCACUCCUGAGUGCUUGCAAGACAUAUGAGAAUGUUGAGAUUGCAGAAAUUGUUGCAAACAAGCUAUUUGAGUUGGAACCUUGGAACACUGGCAACUAUAUACUCUUGUCAAACAUAUAUGCUGGGAAAGAACUGUGGGAGGAGGCAGAAAGGGUUAGAUCACUGAUGAGAACAAAAUUGCCAUUUAAAAAUCCUGGAUCUACUUGGUUUGAGGAUCGACAGAGGGAGCAUGCUAAGAUGUAG